AUGACCUCUUUCCUCCGACAAAUUGUCGCUGGCCCGCGGUCGCGCCACUCGGAAACUAAUCUGGAUCUCUGCUACGUAACACCACAGAUUAUUGCGACUUCCGGUCCCAGUGGUCGUUAUCCUCAGCGAGCCUAUCGAAACCCCCUAGAUCAAUUUGUGAGAUUUCUGGACUACAAUCAUGGAAGUGAUUGGGCGAUAUGGGAAUUCCGUGCUGAGGGUACUGGAUACCAAGAUGAAGAGGUUUACGGGAGAAUAAACCAUUACCCAUGGCCAGACCAUCAUCCACCUCCGUUCAAAUUGGUGCCUGCCAUCCUCGCAGAUAUGAGAGACUGGCUGGAGAAAAAAGACAAGAAAAAGACUGGGAACGAUCGAGUCAUAGUUAUACACUGCAAGGCCGGAAAGGGUAGGAGUGGAACAAUGGCUUGCAGCUACCUGAUCUCAGAAUGUGGAUGGCAGCCCGAGCAAGCUUUGGCAAGAUUUACUGAACGAAGAAUGCGCCCUGGCUUCGGUCAAGGGGUCAGCAUUCCAAGUCAACUACGAUGGGUGGGCUAUGCCGACCAAUGGGCCAAACACGGAAAGAAUUAUGUUGAUAGACAAGUUGAAAUUUUGGAGCUUCGUGUCUGGGAACUGCGGAAAGGUGUCAAGAUACAGGUUGAAGGGUACAUCGAAGAAGGGAAGAAAAUUAAGCCUUUUCAUCGCUUUACAACGAACGAGAGAACAGUUGAAGGUGACAGUUCAGAAAAUGAAAAGUCAAGCGGGACAGUCGGAAUAACCAGCAAAAAGAAGGAAUCUUCGAACAUCUUAAACAAAUUUUCCUCCAGCACGAAGAGCUCGGCCCUCUCAUCUCCGCUUGCUAGAAAAAAUGUCACUAUAUAUAAACCUUCAUUGCGUAUAAUUUUACCUACUAGCGAUAUCAAUAUAGAUUUCGAACGUCGAAGCAAAAAUAGUAUAGGCUGGACUAUGGUCACGUCCAUAGCACACGUAUGGUUUAAUUGUUUCUUUGAGGGACUUGGGCCUGAUAAAAUUGCACAGCCUAGGGAUAAUGGAGUCUUUGAGAUUGAGUGGGAUAGAAUGGAUGGUAUUAAAGGAUCAAGCAGAAAAGGAGCAAGAGCUUUUGAUCAUUUGGCUGUUGUAUGGAGAGUUUGUGACCCGGUAGAAAGAGACCAGCAAGGAGAAAUGACACUUUCGUCGCAAACUCAAUCGAAAGUGUCGCAAAUUCCCGUAGUAGAUAGUAAAUCUACUGCCAAGACUAGAUCAAUUCAAGAUAAGGAAUCGGCUACAAGAACUAUGAGUCUUGUAUCGAAUAGUUCAAGCCCAGCUUGCAAGGAAGAAAAGCAUCAGAUAGAGCAUCAUAAAAGCGAUGGGCCAAUGACCCACAGCUCAAGUGACACAGAUCUUGAAGCUGUAGAAUCAAGUUCCAAAAAAGAUUUGAGUAAAAAAGCAUCGAUAGAAAACCAGUCUCCAUGCCAAAAUUCUCAGGAAAAACCAGCAGCAUUAGACAGUAGUUAG